CGAUUAGUUCAAAAGUUCGAUAUCGUUAACUUUGAUGACAGUUAACGUGUUUAUCAUGUGACGUGACGAGAAUAAAGAUUACUUUCACCAAAAUCAGUCACGUCGCUUAAGUACAUCAUGCAUGUCAUGCCGUGAUUGAUCUCAGCUUAAAGCGAACGCUCAACUGAUUCGUCUACUCCGCCCUGACAAUGUCGGAAAUGCAAAAGAAAAUUUCAGAAGAAAGUGUUGUCUCUGACAGCGGUAGUGACUUGAUCAUUGAUGAUGAGGGCCCAGAGUUGCGCUGGGUCCGACCUGAUAUGUCCUUCCAUCGCUUCGUCGUGAAAAUCACCGAGUCCACUAUUUUCAACGCGUUCAUCAUGUUCACGAUAGUCCUAAAUGCGAUUGCAAUGGCCCUGGAAACUGAUUUUACACUCAAGGCAAGAUAUCGAACAGCCUUCCUUGUUCUGGAUGAGCUGUUUCUAGGCAUUUACACCCUGGAGUUCAUGAUGAAAAUCUACGCGGAGCCGAUCCGAUAUUUCUACAGCAGUUACAACCUAUUCGACCUUCUGGUGCUCCUAAUGUCAUACGUUCAGGUACUUCUGAUCCACGUGGCUGGAGGACAAACUAACCUCGGUGCGCUGAGAACGUUGAGGGCGCUACGAACACUGAGGACAUUGAGAACUGUUUCCUUUGUUCGUGGUCUCCAGGUUCUCGUGACUGCUUUGUUGGACACCAUCAGAAAUUCUGUCAUCAACGUGGUCCUUCUGCUGCUUCUCAUGAUGUUCCUAUUCGGUAUCAUGGGCUAUUACUUCUUCGGCUACAAUGAGGGGAGUGACAAGGAACACUGGGGCAACCUAGGCUCUGCCAUGCUCACAUUGUUCAGCUAUGUCACGGUGGAUGGUUGGACAGAUCUGCAAGCUGAGUUGGAUAAGCGUAACAUGACAGGAAGUCGCUUCUACACCAUAGCCUUCAUAUUUCUGGGUCAUUUCAUUUUCACCAAUGUCUUCAUUGGAAUGAUCAUAAUGAAUAUUCAUGACGCUACCGAGGCCUACAGGCGGGAACAAGAGCUUGAGAAGGAAGAGGCUGUCCAAAAGAAGAAGGAAUACAUGAUCCAGAGACAGCACAAUGAAGUUCGCCAAAUGAUAGACAAGCAGAAUCGUGGUCACUACAAGAACUUUUCGGACAUGGUGAGAGAGUUCCAGAAUACGCUAAGUCAUGACGACUACGUCAUUUCUGUUGACCUGGCAACCAAUCUGACGUGGCUGGAAACCUACAUAGCAUCUAUGGAACACCAUGACAACACUGUGUACCGACUUCAACAGCUUCAGUUCGAAAUGUGCCACCUUCUGGCAUCGGUGCUGGAGAGAAAACUCAAGGAGCGAUACGGCAUGGUUUGAUGGACUCAGUACAUGAAGCAAGAAGACGCUAUUUGUCCGACAGCCUCCUGUCGUGUGGGCGUGGUCCUACAACACAACCUGAUCCUUGGACAUUGGAUGCCAUUAAAACGGAGCCUCAAUAAGUAAAAAAAAAAAUUGUGAUAAUUAUUAUGUGCAUCUAGAGAGAUUCUUAUACAUAACAUAUACGAUACAAUAUACAAAUCGAG